AGGAGGAGGAGGUGGAGGAGGAAGAGAAGGGACGACAAAGCAAAGAUCGAAAGAAUAGCUGACCCGAAGCGGAUCCUUUGCGUGUAAAACGGAGAGGCACCGUUGGGUUUGGUGAUAGCGAUCCCCACCAUAGGUUGACGGUUUCGAAUCCCUGCAGGGGGCCCGAAUGCCCCCACUCUAUGGUGGCGGUAGAAGAGACCUCGUGGUCUUCGACCAACGAGACUGUGGUACAAGGAGUCCGCCCUUGCACCCUCGACGGAAGUUGGUCCACUACCCUGAAGGCAAAGCUCGUGUCGUACCCCCACCGAGUUUCGUGUCACCGUAACUCGUUCAACGGACCACCGUCUUACCUGACUCCUUCCGCUCCUUUACGUCCGUCUCUGCUCCUCUUUGUACCGUUGCCCCACCAUAUUCAGGGACUGCCGGGGGCAAUUGGGAGGCAUCCGGGGGGCCAUUUAAAGCCGCUGGGGGGCCGGUACUCGAUGAGUCACUAUAUAAGCGGGCAAGGACAAGAAGGUGUAUGUUAGUGUACACUCAAUCUUCCCGUGGCUCGCACGAUUCACGAAGUAGCGAGCGCCGGUGAAUUCGGCUGCGGCUGUGACCGACUUUUUUUUUCCUUCCCUUUAUUCUUUUUCUUUUCUCACUCUUAUUUCCUUUAUUCUUUUCUUUCUACACUCUUAUUCCACUCCGAUGCGUUUUUCUUCUUUUACCUUCCACUAUUCCAUUAAAUAAUUGCCCAGCUCCUCCUCCCCCUCUCUCACUCUCUCCCUCUCUCUCUCUCUGUCACUCGUUUCUCCCAUACUUCCAUUGACUCUCCCACCACGUUUCUUCCCCUAGUGCGUAAGAACAAGCGAGCUCGUUUAUCACCUGUGCGUGCACGUUUUUCCUACUCAUUGUCUCUGCUAGUUGAUACGAUUCGCGGUUUCUUUCUCUAUCCGUUACAGCGGACACCGCGUCUCGCGAUAUUUCACUUUACCUGAUUUUUCGGCGAACCUUCUCGAUCGUUGCGUAAUCGUUACUAAAUCGGCAUCAACGAUUUUUCUUCCAUCGUUUCUGUUUUGUUUCAUUUUUUUUUUUUUUUUUUUUUUUUUUUUUUUUUUUUUUUGAUAAAUCGCUCCAAUUAUCCUCUCUCGUACACGUGCGCACGCGCACACGCAUAAACGCAUACGCAUUACACAGAAGCGCGCUCGCGCGCACUCUCCUUCCCCCUCUCCUCUCCUAUUCCCCUAUAUUCCCCUCCAGAUUAUGCCCCACCAGCCUAGUCAGAUUUGAUACUUAAAGCCGCGAAUUUCGGAAGCAUCGUUUCGAGUAGGAAAAUUGUGUUCGUGCCGAUACGAAACCAGCCAGAGGGAAGGUUGACCGGUGGUUUUUCGUCGGGACGUGCGAACGUGUCGUGACGAGAAGGGACCGAAGAAGUUCUGAGAGAAAGAAAGCGAGAAAGAGGGAAGGAAAGGAAGAAAGGGGCGUAGAAAGCGAAAGGAGACGAGAAAAGCGGAGACAGAAGACAGGGUUGAAAGGAAGAAAGAGGCGACAGAAGAAGGUGCUACGCGGAGAAAGGAGGGAGGGAAGAAAAGAAAAAGAAACUGAAAGAGAAAGAAUAGGAAGUAACAGCGAAGGCUGUGUAUAAUAUUAGACACCGAAAAGGUCGAAGUGAUAAGGAAAAGAGAAAGUAAACGAGAGAAGGGUAGAAAUACAAUUUACGAAGCCGAGGGAAAGUUAAAGCGAUAAGAAAAGAAAAAUACAGAGAGGAAGGAAGAAACGAAUAAAGUUGUAUCGGGAUUAAGGGUUUGAGAGAAAAAAGCUUCCUAUUUCGAAUUGGAAAAAUCAAAGGGAAAUUUCGUUCCCGAAAUAUUUGGAGAAACGAACGCAAAACGUAUUAUUAUAAGAGCGUAAUUGAAUAUAGCGCGAUGUUAGUGGAACACGCGACACAAUGGGCUUGGCAAGCAAUGGGUGGCACGAGAAUCGAGGUCCUUUACACGUUUCUCGUGUUCUUAGGUGUAUUAUUGGUAGUAAGGUGCAUGCAAUGGCUUAGGUAUGUGCACUCUCUGCCUCCAGGGCCUUGGGGUGUACCCGUGUUUGGUUAUUUGCCAUUCUUGAAAGGCGACGUUCACCUCCGGUACGGAGAACUCGCAAAGAAGUAUGGUCCAAUGUUCAGUGCUCGACUAGGAACGCAACUGGUGGUUGUUCUUAGCGAUCAUCGUACGAUUCGCGACACGUUUCGUCGGGAAGAGUUUACUGGCAGACCGCAUACCGAGUUCAUCAACAUCCUCGGUGGAUAUGGUAUUAUCAACACCGAAGGUGCUAUGUGGAAAGACCAAAGAAAAUUUCUUCACGAUAAGCUCAGAGGCUUCGGCAUGACCUAUAUGGGAGGUGGGAAGAAAAUUAUGGAAUCGAGAAUCAUGCGCGAGGUUAAGACGUUCCUUCGUGGAUUGGUGACGAAACGAGGAACACCGACGGACGUUUCGGCUUCUCUUGGAAUGUCGAUCAGCAACGUUAUAUGUUCCAUUAUAAUGGGAGUACGUUUCCAACAUGGCGACAACAGGUUCAAAAGAUUCAUGGACUUGAUCGAGGAAGGUUUCAAGUUGUUCGGCAGUAUGGCCGCUGUCAACUUUAUUCCUGUGAUGCGUUACUUGCCUUGCCUGCAAAAGGUUCGCAACAAGAUUGCGGAAAAUCGCGCGGAAAUGGCCGAUUUCUUUCAAGAGGCGGUCGACCAACAUCGAGCAACGUUCGACGAAAGUACUUUACGAGACCUUGUCGACGCUUAUCUGCUCGAGAUCGAGAAAGCGAAGGGAGAAGGUCGCGCGACUACGCUCUUUCAAGGGAAAAAUCAUGAUCGCCAAAUGCAACAAAUUCUCGGUGAUCUGUUCUCUGCCGGUAUGGAAACGGUAAAGACCACGCUCGAAUGGGCAAUAAUCUUAAUGCUACAUCAUCCGGAUGCGGCAACUGCGGUACAGGAAGAAUUGGACCAAGUGGUAGGAAAAUCGAGGAUGCCUGCUUUGGAGGAUCUACCUUUUCUUCCGAUAACCGAAGCGACGAUACUCGAGGUUCUUAGGCGAUCGAGUAUAGUCCCUUUGGGAACCACACACGCAACGACGAGAGAUGUGACGUUGCACGGUUACACGAUACCAGCUGGAUCCCAAGUGGUACCGUUGUUGCAUGCCGUGCAUAUGGAUCCAGAACUUUGGGAGGAGCCCGAGGAGUUUCGACCGAGUCGGUUUCUCUCGGCCGAAGGUAAAGUCCAGAAACCGGAAUACUUUAUGCCUUUCGGUGUCGGCAGACGUAUGUGCCUGGGCGAUGUGUUGGCACGCAUGGAGUUAUUCUUGUUCUUUAGUUCGUUGAUGCACACGUUCGAGUUGCGAUCGCCGCAGGGCUCGUCCUUGCCGAGUUUGCGCGGCAACGCCGGUGUCACCGUCACGCCUGACCCCUUUGACGUUUGUUUGGUACCAAGAAAUUUGGAUCUCAUCGAAGAUGCGAGCAACGAUGUGAUCCCCUCCGGCGCUAUUCUGCGGAAUAUCGGCAGUCACUGAGUUUCCUGCUUCUUCGAACGCUCCACAACGAUCAACGGAGCACGGUAAUCGUUCCUAACGAGACCGAUCCGACCUGGACCGACUUGGCCCGACACGAUCCAACCUGAUCCAAUUCGAUCUAAUACGAUUCAAUCCGAUCCAUCGUCCGUUUGUCCAUCCUUAAUCAGCCCUACAAGAUUUCACAUCGUCGUUGAAAAGUUCAUUCGAACGCGUUCCAUUAUCAUCCCUCCUUUUAUUCUUCUCUUCAUCUACCUAUCGCAUAAACGUCGUUUCACUCUCGAUUUCUAUUAUUUAAUUUCCUUGCGUGUACUAGCCAGCAUUUAUACAUAUUUAGGGUAACAUUUCGCUCUUUAUUUAUUCGCAUUUAGUCAUUAGCGUUAUUUGAUAAAAUGUGUGUCGGUAUAGAACGUGUGUAUACGGUUGAAUGAUAUGAGAAGUUUGCGUGUACAUGUUCAAAUUCGUUGCACACAAUAUACAAAAACGAUUUCGAUAAGAAUUUCGUCAACGAUGAUCCGUCACGUUCUAGAGAUCGUUGUGUUGACGCAGUCUCGGACGUAACAAGAGACAAAAGACUUUUAGAUAGUAACGAUAAUAAGAGGAAUCAAUUAUUAGUAACGGUAUUAGAAAUAAGUAGUGGUAGUGGUAGCGGUAGCAAUAGAAAUAGACAAAAAUAAUAGCGGCAACAAUAGUACAGGCGGUAGUAUUGGUAACGUAAUAAUUGAUAACGACAAUAUCGAUGAUAGCGAUAGUGGUAAAUGCUAGAUUAAGAAUUUCCAGUUAAUAAAAAAAAAAAAGAGGAAGAAAGGAAAAAGAAAAAACAAAAGACCGUGUGACGAAGUACGCUGUGAGUGUGCGCACAGAUAUUCGUAGGUUACCGUAUUAUGUACAUAUCUAGGUAUUAUCUUGAUAAUAGGCGGUGAACGAGAGCGCGAGAUCGUCUUUGACUAACGAGUUCUCUUUCCCUUAUCGUUCGAAAGUUUCGACGCGACUAAAUUCGAAUGGAUUAGAUCGUAGGGCUGCGCGUCGGAUGGACGCGGCUGUUGACCUAGAACAGUGAUUUUCGUGAAAGUUAGAACGAGAUUCUUGCGACACCACACACAGUGUAGUUACGUAGCGUUUCAGAAUUCAAGACCAAUAUCGAACUCGAUCCGUUGGGUGCGGGCAAAGAUUAAGGCUGUGAAUUUCGAAUUUAGGACAUGGGACCCUCGAGAUUCCUGUGAUAACGCGAUCGUAAAAUCAUUUCCAAAGAUAUAUUUUGUUGCGUGUCCGGCGAAAGCCGACGAACCAUCGACGCGGAUUUCCCCUGGUUUCUUUAUAUUCCGUCAUCUUUCUUCCUCUUCAUCGUUCCUCUUACGUUUUCCCUCUGCCGCGGUGAGCUUUAACGCCACGUACAUAUCACCGCGUCGAUGCUUCGUUUGUAUUCACCAGUAAGAAAUUUAUAUGUUGCAUGCUCGAAUUGCGGAGCACCGCAUUGUGUUCACCCGCCGACCGUGAAUCUGUGUUACUUAAUGUUAUUAUCUAUUUUUCUUUUUUGUAACGAUCAUUAAACAAUGUUAAUGUCCAUAUGACGAAGCUUGUAAUUGUAAUUGAUAAUACGUGUGUCUCCUCUUCGCACGAAAUAAAUCGAUAUUUUGUA